GGCGAUACCAUUUAUCCGGCCCAGCACUGAGAAAUAGCCUAUGAAAAGAUUAAUGAGCUCUAGAAGCCAUCGAGAUCGUGGUUUCAAAGAGGACUAUGGGCGUGUAGCUGAAUUCGAUGGUAAGAUUACCAUUCUGGGUAAUUUAGAGGUGGAUUAGCCUCCUAAUAACGCGCCGUGUCCCCUCGCAUCCCUGCGAAUAAAAAGGAUGAAGAGACGAUUUUGUGACGGUGCAAGGAAACCUGCGAAGAUGCAGAAAUUCAAACAGUGAUGGACGUCCAGUUUUAUUCCUGGUCGGUUUAAUCGGGUUUAUUUUUUGUUUUGGGGGGUUUUGUUUUUAAACCAGUGUUUCCUUCGGUGUUGGUCAUGAUUUUCCUGCGGUGGCUUGUGCAGCUUUUGGUGCUGCUGAUACACGGUGGAUGGUGCGGGGUCGCGCCGAGCCCCACCGAUGAGGGAGCACUCCGGACCGGCCACGGUGAGCACGGAGAGCCUGGACACCAAGAGCCUCACAAAGACUCCUACAGCACCUUUGCCUCCGAGUUUUUGGAGUCCAGAUAUCUGUCCGAUGAUGGUGAGGAUCUCGGUUAUCCAUUCCCCACAGCCCCCCCAGUUGAUCCCUUUGCCAAGAUCAAAGUCAGCGACUGUGGAGUAACCAAAGGCUGCAUAAGGUAUGGGAAGCCGGGUUGUGAUGCAGAGACGUGUGACUAUUUUCUGAGUUACCGUCGCAUCGGGACAGAUGUGGAGUUUGAGAUGAGCGCAGAUACAGAUGGCUGGGUGGCUGUAGGUUUCUCAUCAGACAAGAAAAUGGGAGGAGAUGAUGUCAUGGCUUGUGUGCAUGACGACAACGGACGCGUGAGGAUACAUCACUUCUACAACGUUGGCCAGUGGGCCAAGGAGAUCAAGAGAAAUCCGGCUCGGGAUGAAGAGGGCAUAUUUGAGAACAACCGCGUCACCUGCCGUUUCAAGCGACCAUUGUACGUCCCCAGGGAGGAAACGCUCGUGGACUUACACCUCUCAUGGUACUACCUGUUUGCAUGGGGACCUGCCAUUCAAGGUUCCAUAACGAGGCACGACAUCGACAGUCCUCCCGUCAGCGAGCACAUGAUCAGUAUCUAUAAGUACGUGGAUGUCUUCAUGCCCUCCACAGCUUAUCAGACUUUCAAUUCUCCCCUCUGCUUACUGCUCAUAGUAGCUCUCACCUUCUACCUGCUGAUGGGGACGCCAUGAUGAAGCACAGCAGGGCAGAGUGGGAAACAAGAAGGUAGAGAAGAUGAAGCAGCAAUAAAAAAAGAUUACAUUUUUAUCUGAUGCCACAUACAGGUGCGCCCUUUGCACAGACUAUGUUAGAUAUAUUGAACAUGACAGACUAUAUAUUCAUUACUCAUACAUGGGAUCUGAACUCUUAAACUUGCACUGUAGAGACAUGUACUCAACAAAGAGGUCUGAUUAAAGAGUAGUACUAGUUUAAAAUAGGCCAGUUAUUUUCAGUGUUAAUGAUAGCUUCCAGUUAUUAAAAAAAUAUAUAUAUGAGGACUCCAUUCCAAUAAAUACAUCUCACAAGACUUUGAAAUCCUGCAUGCACUGGAAAAUCUGGGAAUGAUUUCAGACACCCACUGUGCGCUGGUGACUAAUGUUGAACUUGGCUAAAACACAAAGGGUUUCUGAGGAUGAAAGAAAAUAAAACAGCUCUCACAAACACUUCCUGUCCCCUCACCCUGCUAUGUUUCUGUACAUCUCAGCCUUUGCAAGAAUAGAAGAAAAAUAUUGUUGACUGGUAUGAUGAAUAUGGAGUCCAGGGUUUCAGAAACAACCAUGCGCAUCUACCAUGUGAAAGAUUUUCAUAAACUUUUUUUUAUAUUCUUGUCUGAUCGCACCAUCUCACUUCCUCAAGCGCAGUAACUGUUUUGCUUAUCAGUACUGCGAUACUGUGACUGACAACGAAAGACUUGUGAAAGAAUUACUCCUAUUUCCUGUGCAAGCAAUAACACAGUGAAGAGAAGCAAACAUUUUGCUCUGAUGUGGACUAAUUUUUCUUUUCCCCCAGGUUGCUAUUGUAGCAUUUGAUGUGUAUUAAAAAUGGCUGACUAUG